AUGACGAGCGCGGAGACUUCUCGGUUUAUCGUUGGCGUCGUCGGUGACAUUAUCUCUUUCUUCUUGUUUGCCUCUCCAUCGCCAACUAUUUUUAGAAUUUAUAAGAACAAAUCUUCGGAAGGGUUCCUUCCAGACCCUUAUUGUGCAACCGUGCUGAACUGUUUGCUAUGGAUCUUCUAUGGUCUUCCAUUCGUAACUCCAGAUCAAGCUCUUGUGGUGGUCAUCAAUUCCAUUGGGCUCGCAUUGGAGUUGAUCUAUCUCACUGUAUUCUUCAUCUACACUGAUAGUAAGAGGCGGUGCCGAAUUAUUAUCUGCCUAACGACCGAGGUGGUAUUCUUUGCCGCCAUUGUUCUCGCCACGCUGCUCGGCUUUCACAUCCAUCAUCGAAGAAACAUGUUUGUGGGACUAUUCUGUGUUAUCUUUGGAAUCAUAAUGUACGCCUCCCCUCUUACCAAGAUGUGGGACGUGAUUAGAACAAAGAGCGUGGAAUAUAUGCCAUUUUGGCUUUCAGUAGCUAGCUUCUGCAAUGGAGCCAUCUGGCUGACCUAUGCUCUCAUUAAAUUUGACCUCUACAUCAUGAUUGGAAAUGGUGUGGGAGCUCUUUUUGGUCUUAGUCAGCUCAUACUAUAUGCAUGCUACUACAAGAGCACUCCAAAGAAAGAUGAUGAGAAGCCAUCUGAGGUGCAGCUCCAAAAUGCACCAGUUAGAGUGGCUGCUUGA